UACCAUAAAAGUUGUUUUCUCAUUAUCACAACUUAUUUUUUGUGAUCUUAACAUUGUUUCCCUGUGACCAGUACUUAAUAUUUUUGUGCGUUCGGCAUACGAGCAUGUUUAAGAGGCAGCAUCAUAGAUAAUAACCAUAACCUUUUGUGGCAAUGGAAUGAUAAUGAGAAAACAACUUUGGUUAUGUCAGCAUAACAUUUAUUAAAUAUUUAAUUAUUAAUUAUAUUUAAAUUAUAAUGCAUGGCUUUUUAGGACUUCUGUUUUCAGUUUUCUGGAUCAUGAUCAUAGGUUCAAUGCAAUAAAUCAAAAAACAAAAACAAUGCAAACCAGUGACACGAAACAUGUCUUGGCUGAGAUGGAACAACAUUUAAGCAAAAUUGUAAAUUUUUUUCCCUCUGACUAAACCUUUAAGAUGGUUUGGUACAAGAAUGAAUUAGACGGUAAUAAUUCUGGGGCUCGUUCACAAUGCCGAGCGCGAGUCAGGUGCACCGUUCCGAGAUUGAUGAUGCGAGAUCAGGAUAGCGUUGAGGUCCUGUGCCGAGGCUCAGUGUUGAGGCAGAGAAGCGCUCUUCUUGGUGUGCUUUCUGAGGUCAUUCUGUUCUGCAGGGUUUGUGAAGCGCUUUGGGGCCCUGAGCAGAUGAAAGGUGCUAUUUAAAUGUGCCCUCUGUGCAUAUACUCCACCAGCAGGGCAGCGGCCAUGGAGUGCCACCUGAAGACGCACUACAAGACGGAGCACCGCUGCCGCAUCUGCCAGGCGGCGUGGGCGAGCCGGGCCGAGCUGGAGCGGCACGCGCGCGACCAUCGCCUGGGCAACCACUACCGCUGCGAGCAGUGCGGCUACCUGGCCAAGACAGCCAACAAGCUGAUCGAGCACGGACGCGUGCACACGGGCGAACGCCCCUUCCACUGCGACCGUUGCAGCUACAGCUGCAAGCGCAAGGACAACCUCAACCUUCACAAGCGGCUCAAGCACGCCCCGCGCCACGCCCUCGGCUGCGCCCGCUGUCCCUUCACCACCACACACCCGUUUGUCUACAACCGCCACGUCCGCAAGCACCAGGCUGGCGAGGGCGGUCCCCAGGACGAGGCCCAGGCGUUCACGCCGCGGCCCCUCAGCGCCGAUUCCAUCGAGCCCCUUUUCCUCUCUGACGGUCACCGUAGCAGUCCGCUCACAAGCCUGAGCGCCUCGCAGGCCUUGCAAUCAGUUGCCUUGUCCGUCUCGGGUCUGCUGCCUGCCACCACGCCCUCCCCGCACUACCUCUGUACCAACGGAGCUUCUCCCGCAUCAUCGCCGACCUCGGCAGCUCACUAUUUCGAGCAAUACAGGACCUCGGACCCGACUCAUCUCAUACCUCUCACCACACUCUUCAGCACUCGCCGCCGCUUCACAUUCCACAGCCACGCCCCUUCACCUUACUCCAGACUCUGGACCUGCCCUUCAUCGCAAACCUCACCUUUGCACAUGUCCCCCAAACACUCCUUCCUGGCGUAUCUGGGGCUGACGGAAAGAGCAAAAACCGUCUGAGCUUCCCAGCUCAGCCCAUCUCUGAGCAACCUACCUCUACAUUGUUUUUUUUUUUUUUUAUUCAUUAUUCUUCCUCCAUCUUUCAUUUCUUUCACUCAUUCAGCAUCUGGACAGUGGCUAGGAGUGACCAGUCGCGCUUGUGGAAGUUCUGUCUUCAAGUUUUCACACCAGGAGAACGCUGCUCCUGAGGAACCGAACGUUCACACGGUGUUUAUCAAAAGGAAAAAACUAACAAACAAAAGGCUGUAUGUGUUCGAAGCAUUUAUAUCAAGGCUGCUUUUGUUUAUUAAUCAAAUUAUUCUGCUUUUUCUAUUUUUUUUUUUCCAUUUUCUUUUCCACCGUAUUUUGGAACGGUCAUGAAAAAUAGUGAUUUCCAUAGGAUUUUUGUUUUCCUUCUAUGAGAAGGUGAAAAAGAAAUACAAAAGAUGAUGCAAAUGUCUAAGCACUCGACAGUUUUUUUUUUUUUUUUUUUUGUGCAUUAGUACGUCUUUUUUUUUCAACAAGCAUCAGGUAGCAUGCUCGCCUAUGUGUUACGAUUGUUUUUAUAUGUCAUUUAGGGACUCAAUACAAAAUAUCCCAGGGCGUUUGCAGCACGAAGAAAAAAAAAAAGAGGGAAAAAAAUGACACAAAUUGCUUUCUUUCUUUCAAGUCUCGUUUUCAAAGCGACGCCUCAAACCAUGCACUUGAUUAUUUAUCGAACUGUAUAUAGUUUUGUAGCCAUUUCUACCCCACCCCCAAUCCCAACCUCCACUGCCCCACAUCACGCACUGGCGUCAUGGGUUUCAGGAUUUGGUGGAACCAUUCCUGAAACGCUGAUCUCGGCUCGUAAGUUUAAAGCUAUUCACCAGUCAUGCACAGCUGAUGGCAGAAGGUUUUUUUUUUUAGGUUAUAGACAAGCCAUUCAGGGCAUCAUCCAGUGGUCCAAGCUAUCUCAGCUCCCCCCCCUUCUGUAGGAGCAGUUCAUUCACUGUACAGCCCUGAAAACCACGGCCCUCGCCAUUACUUUGCCACAUUGCCACAGACGGUGCCAAAAGCUAAUCAAGGCAUGAGUGACCGGUCGAGCCGUGUGCAUUGCUAAUCGCAUUGUAACAUGCACCUACACUUUUAUGAAGAUAUACAAGGUCACAGGUUGCCAGCGGGAGACAAAUCCCACUUGCCCUGUCACACAACGCCGAUUCAAUGGUGCUUUUUGGAGCGUUUUUUUUUUUUUUUUUUCUUUUUUAAUCAUUUAGUUUGUUUUUUUGGUGUUAAAAGGAAAAACUGUUUCCAAAUGACUUGAAUGAAUGUAUUUUUUUUCCAUUGGUUCAUGUUAAAGUGAUACAGAGGUUGAGAGAGUCCUAUGAAAAAAUAGUGGUAUAUUGGUUUUGGUGGCCUUCUGUGUCUUAACAUUUCUGGUUGCUUUUUUUUUCUUUUUCAUACCAUAAAAAAAAAUUAAGAGCCUUUAAGAUGUAAAAUAUAGAACUAUAUAUCCUGUACUACAAGCUAUUAUGAAGAUCUCAUUGGAUAAUGGUGCAAUGUGGAGGCAGCCGUUUUUUUUACAGAAUAUUUGCAGAAGCAUGGCUUUCUCUAAAGCGGCAAACAUGGUACUAGUAUCCUCCCUGACCAUCCCCCCCUCCCCCCAUUUUUAAUUGCACUUAACAUGUUGAAACAUUUCACGCAAAAGCACUUACGCCCGAUCACAAAUUUUUACAUUUUGUCUUUUUUUUUGCUGCCACUUCCGCCAACCUCGUCGGACCACACCAUCGGCAUUUCUACAAUGUCUCACUUGGUACCUGCCAAAAAAGGUUUUGGGGGGGGGUUACAUAAAACUUAUAUUCACGGAUUCUGCCCGUGUCGGACAGCUGCGUCAAAGUGAAUCAUGCAUUAGGAAUAUGGUAGAUUUGCACCUGGCCCACCGAAGGACCAGGCUAAAUUUGUGAAUGCCAGUUUUGCACUGUGCUGUAAAAUUGCACUUUUACAAAAAAAUAACAAAAAAUUAGUGGAGUCUUCAGAGUAAAAAAUGAAUUAGAAUCAGAAAUGAUUAAGAAGUAGUUGUGUCUAUGAUAAGCUCUUUUGAGAACGAGUCGAAGGAAAUGUUCUAUAGUAAAAACUCCACUGUCUUUGGAGCGAAUAACUAAAUUACUCAUCAGACUCAUUAGUGAGUAUUUUUUUUUGGCAAUCAUCUCUAUAGUUCUCAGACGCAUCCAGAGGAAUAUCAAAAAUAUAAAUCUAUUCAUUAGCUGACGACAAUUUUCGUGCAAUAGUCGAGGAAUUAUCCCACGUUACUGAUUUAUUUGUACUUGGUAAUUCAGACAAUUUCAGUAACGCCACAUUAACACCAUCAAACCAGAAAUCCGGGGAUGAUGCAGGAUACAGGACACAAAGCAUCGUUUCCGUUUCAGAAUUCUAUUGACGUAAAAACGAUCCUUAGACUUAUUUUGCGGCACGCGUGGUCCAGCGAUUUUUUUUCUUCGAUGCACAAGCGUGUAAACGUAAGUUAUUACAUUGAACGCGGUUAGAGACGUUACAAAGAAAGAAAUUAAGCUAAGUAACAGAGGCCACUGGUGACGAUGAAGUGAAGGGGGCUUUGCUUUGAAUCUGGCAACCAAGGUAGUAUAUACACACAUCAGAAUGAAAAAAAAAAAAGUUUGACAUUUUAGAUAAUUCUUUUUUUUUAAGCCACACACACACACACACACACAAACACACACACACAAUGAGAGCAGUGGCCACACCCCCAAAACAAUCUCACCACCUUCUGUGAAGCCUGUAUGUUUAGUAUAAAUAGUUAGUAUUCCCCAUAGUGCCAGAUCUAAGCUUUUUGAGAGUUCACAUGCAGAUAAAGGGACUCUUAACCCUGGAGCGUUACUCAUAGAGCUGACCCUCGCCUCAUCUCUCCACUGCUGGCUCCCUAAUUAAGCUCAGUCUUCUUAAUCUUUGGAGAAGAUGAUUUGGAAUGAUGUGAAUUUUUAUGACCAAGUUGUGAAUUUAUAAAUGCAGCCUUGCAUCUCGCGCUCUCGAGUUGGUUCAACCAACAAAGCUAUCUUUUUUUUUUUUCUCACCCCCUCCCUCCCCCAACACCGCCACCCGUUCUCCUUUUUAUUUCCAUCCCGACUUUACUCCGCAUACACAUGCCCAGUAUGCAGACCGAAUGCUACGCCAUCGCAUCAAGCAGAGCUUCUGAUCCUCUCUGACGCUCCAAGACGAUGCCUUCUUUUAUGCUCUAGUGCCACUUGGUGGAAAAGAUGUGGUCUGGAUGGUUCAAGAAUGAGUCAGACUCAUUCUCGGGACCCGUUCAGAUAAAAAAAUAAAGAAAUAAAUAAGAUGGAUAAGAUCCUAUUGGUCUCAAAACAGCAUGUAAACGAGUUGUAAAAGUUGCUGAUGGCUGCAGCUCAGUCCUGUCCCAUUGUGAAGGCAGGAAAUCCCUCUCUCUCUCUCUCUCUCUCUCUCUCUCUCUGUUGACUCCAGUUCUCAAGCACUUAUUUUUGUUUCUUUUGCCCAAAAAUAAAGGGGCAGUACAUUUUUUUCCCCUUUCUUUCCUCAACAACAUUGUGCAUUACACGAGACUACCUUUAUAACCCUACAAAAGAUGCAUGAAAUUGAUCGCUUUUUUUCUAACUUGUAGCACUUAUGUUCUUUCUUCGUUAAACGAAAAACAAAACAACAAAAAAAUAAAAUAAAAUAAACAGACUGUUUGCAUUUACCUUGAUGUUUUCUUUUUCCCAGCACAUUCUGUUCGCUUUGCGUUCGUCGUUGUAUUUUAUGACACAAUAAGGCUCGAAAUGAUCAUUUUGUUUCUUUUUUUGGUUUUUUUUUGUUUGUUUUUUUUGGCACUCGGUAAAAAUGAUAUGCUGUAAAAUAAAGCUUUUUUUAUUACUCCAUUCCUAAGGCUGUACAGGGUUGUUUGUGAAAAUAACUGGUAAUUAGACCAUUUGUACCUUUUUGUUUUGUAUAUUUUUUCCCCCUCCCUUCAGUUUGACAUUUCUUAUGUUCAGAUUGCCAGUUCUAAAUGUAACAAGAUUUGAAAGUAAAGCUUACAUCAGA